AUGGUCGGCAUAAAGCAGCUUGGAAUCAUUGCUGCCUUCUUGGCCAGUAGCCAGCAGUUCGGAGGUAUGAUCCGUCCAACCCGGGCCCAGUACCGCCAAAGCCUGGCCCACCUCGCCCUCCUCGCCCUGACGAGAGAAGGGGAAGAGGGAGAAGAGAUCUAUCUGAACGUAGAUAUGAUCCGUCCAACCCGGGCCCCGUGCCUCCAAGGCCUGGACCUCCUCGCCCCCCUCGCCCUGACGAAAGAAGAGGAAGAGGAAGAAGAGAUCUAUCUGCACGCCGAUACGAUCCAUCAAACCCAGGCCCUGUGCCUCCCAGGCCUGGCCCCCCUCGUCCUCCCCGUCCUGACGAAAGAAGAGGAAGAGGAAGAAGAGAUCUAUCUGAACGCAGAUAUGAUCCGUCCAACCCGGGCCCCGUGCCUCCAAAGCCUGGACCUCCUCGUCCUCCGCGACCCGAUGAGAGGAGGGGAAGAGGCCGACGUGAUCUGUCUGCACGGCGAUACGAUCCGUCCAACCCGGGCCCAGUACCGCCCAAGCCUGGUCCCCCUCGUCCUCCCCGUCCUGACGAGAGGAGGGGCAGAGGUCGACGAGAUCUGUCUGAACGUAGAUAUGAUCCGUCCAACCCUGGCCCAGUACCACCGAAGCCUGGCCCCCCUCGCCCCCCUCGCCCUGAUGAAAGAAGGGGCAGAGGAAGACGAAGCGUUUGAAAGCCCGAUAAACGCGAAUUGUUCCAUGAUUCCUGUAUGA